AUGAUAAAAUAUGAGAGCAAAUUGCGGAAUGAAGUGCAGCCUGCCGAAUCAGCAAACUCUAACCCAUUCCAAGAAACAACCUUCAAACAAGAAGACUAUUCCUCUUGCACUAAUAAAACGGACAUAUGUUCUGUGGAUGGUCAACAGAACGCACAAGGAUGUGAGCAGUCAGAUAACACUGUUGAUUUACCGGAAGCUUCAUAUCAGAACCCAGUGCAGGAAAAUAUAGCGACGGUGGGUAAAUGUCCAAGUAAACUCGUGGUAUCCGGAAAUUCGGACGAGGAACUUAUUGCAAACCCUUUGUCAAACAAAGGUGAUGUGUGGCAAAACGUACACGAAGGCAUUAACACACCAGAAAAAAUCAUCAACUUGUCGGAACAAAGGCGGUUGACAGUGGAUGUCACUUCUGACGAAAGGGCAAUCUUCGAACAUGCAGGAGUGGAAGGGGGAAAAUACGCUCGUGCCGACAAGAAAAUAAACUGUCUCAGUGCUGACCUCGACCAUAAGCCUAAGAAACAACCGGUUUUCCCCAUUGCUCCUCAGAUACCUGCAAGUGCUCUCGUUGACUCCAACUGUUACUCUCUGUUCCCCACCCCCACCAAGAUUAAACGCUCCAGUUGCGCUUUACUGGCAAACGACGAGACCAUUUCCACUAUCUACCGUACUACCUCCAACAUCGACACCGACUUGAUUCGUAUAAUAAGUCAGACCGUCAGCUCCAUUUCCUCUGUCUUGCGGGUCACUGAGACCCUAAAUAAUUUAAAAGAGUUUGAGAUUGACUUGGUUCCGUAUCUUGGCAUCGAUUUUUCUAUGGUCACCUACGCCUCAGUCGAGAAAGUUAACUUCAAAAAUAUCCUCGAUGCUGAAGUCAUCAAGGCUUGUUUCGAAUCCAGUAAUCAGGUAUUGAAACGUUACCCUUGCCACAGCUUGCUUGGAAAGUACACAGUCCGCUACACACUCUACCGAGGAGAUGCCAUAUCAAUGGAUGUCAUUGCUUCCAUAACUGUCGUCGAAACUAAGCAAAACAUACUGUUUUGGGACUGGUGUCUGAGUAAUUUUAAUGCGGAAACUAGCUACCCACCAGCAACCAAAACUAAAACCAUACGGCCGUUCAAAAAGAAUAAAAGGAGGAAGGCGAAAGAUAAACAGGAUAUACAUAUACCCAAUGCCAGACCUCAAUACCUAGCCACAUUGUUUGAAAAGUGUGCACAAUGGCUAUGUGGUCUUGCCUUUGUGAGGACGUUGGUUAUAUGUUGUGCUGUGCCUUUCUGUUCAUCCACGGAAACUCAGACAACUGGACAGUACUUUGGACAGGAAGUUGUGCUACAUGAACAAUCGCCAACACAGGUAGAGGAUCUGCCCGAGGCUGAACAGUGUGUUGACAGUGACUUCAGUUCAGGCGAGGCAUCGGCUGUAACAACAGGAAGAGAAAGCAACUCCUCACUAUUGAGUGACUUUAAUUUGGGAAGGGGCGCCGAGGGAGGGAGUGAUCUGCCAGUUUCAACGGGAUUUGGGCAUCACAGAAAGAUAACAUACGGAGUUAAUAGUGAUUUACAUGACUUUUUGGAUCAAGAGAGUUUUUAUGGAAACCAGAACUGUGGUGAAGCUGAGGGAUUGGUUUUGGAUGAGGGUCUUCACCUCAAUAAUGGAAGAUAUGAUGAAAACAAGGAUUUUGUUAAGGAAGGGCAGCCACAUCGCGGAUCUUAUGGAGAAGUAUCAUUUGGUGUUGAUAUUCAAAGUAGGAUGUCGUUUGCUGUGAAAAGGAUACCUAUCAGGAAAUUUAAUCGAAGAGAACCACGUAUUCUAAGCAUCUUCAACCACCCAAACAUCAUAAAGUUGUAUGGUCUGAUUCGUCGAGGAAACUGUAUUGAAAUUAUUAUGGAGAAAGCCACAAACGGCACUUGGCUUGAGAUGAUUAACAGCGGACCUGUUCAGGAACAGAAGACGUUGCAGUGUCUGAUGGGAGCUUUGACAGGGCUUGAGCAACUGCAUAGAUGUUCAUUUAUUCACAGGGAUUUAAAACCUGACAAUAUUGGCAUGAUGGCGGACGGUCGCGUUGUCAUUUUGGACCUAGGUUCUGUUAUAACCCCGGCUGAUACACAGGAUUUUGAAGAAGAGGACACAAGGGAUGCUCCUAGACCUGGUGUUGGCUCAACAAAGCCGCUUACCUUUAAUUUUGUGUCUAAAGUUCGUCGUCGACCAAACGACUCCUUGGAAUCUUUGAUUGCCUGUAUGCAUCUUGUGUCUGUUUCGUGUGUUAAGUAUACUAACAAGUAGUUGGUCGCUACACAUUUUCACAAAUGAUGUUGGUCGUGAUACGAAUGAUUUUCACACCAGCGUUUCCUUUUUAACUCAUUCCGUCUGACCCAUUCCGUUUGAAUGAUUUAAAUAUUGUGAUUGGGUAUUAUAUUGACCUGAGAGCCAGUCUGUAAGUAAAUUUCAGAAAUAACCGUGUGUUAGAAGACUGGAGUGCAGGCGGUGCCUCUUGGACACCUGUAUGCGACAGUUAUUCACUAUACCAUGUUAGUGUGAACAGUAUAAUAGUGAUUCACCAUUUCUUCAUCUAACAAUCUCAUCUGGUAAUUUGGAUAGCUUUCUUGGACGUAUAUGUUUUUUGUUGAUAGAAAUACCCAGGCGUUACGCUGCUCCAGAGGUUUUUGGGCCUCCCCACCGAUGCACCCCCAAGAUGGACAUUUGGUCUCUAGGAUGCUGC